CCUUAAUUUUUUUAAUCGAGGAGGUUUAAAUGCCCUUCAUCCAGUCAACACGUCAUUCUCAUUCAUUUCCCGCUGGAGCCAAACUAUUAUCACACUAGGGGUAUGAUAACUAUUAAUGUUCUGGGACCGGGUUCACUUACGACAAACUCUACUGUGUAAAAGGAAAAUAAAUCCUUGAAAUCCGGUGAACUGAGCAGGAUUGCAUCAGGAAUGUUUUGGCUUUUCGUUUUCCCCCUCCUUUGCGCAGAUAGGGGGUGGGGAUCCCGAGCAAAACGGGGAGGAGGAGAAAAAGGGGGAACAGACCGGUGGGGAGCCUACUCUUUGUCUCACCCGCAGUACACACGGAGACUCCCAGUCGAUCGCACACACGCAGGACGCGCUAACCGCAUGGCGCAGACAACACUGGAGAUAUAAAGCUAUAAUAAAUCCUAGGAAAACUUCAGGGCUGGAAAAGGGAGACCCUCUAAACAGCUGGGGUGGACGGAGAAUCCACGUUAUUUUUUAAGCUCCUGAGAGGCCCCUCCCCCGCGGCCCGGCGGCACCAUGAGCUGGAGUUUCCUGACGCGUCUGCUCGACGAGAUCUCCAACCACUCGACGUUCGUCGGCAAGAUCUGGCUCACGCUGCUGAUCGUGUUCCGCAUCGUGCUGACGGCGGUGGGCGGCGAGUCCAUCUACUACGACGAGCAGAGCAAGUUUGUGUGCAACACGCAGCAGCCCGGCUGCGAGAACGUCUGCUAUGACGCCUUCGCGCCCCUCUCCCACAUUCGCUUCUGGGUGUUCCAGGUGAUCAUGAUCACCACGCCCACCAUCCUGUACCUGGGCUUCGCCAUGCACAAGAUCGCCCGCAUGGACGACUCGGAGUACCAGCCGCGGCCCCGCAAGCGCAUGCCGGUGGUGAGCCGGGGCGCCAACCGCGACUACGAGGAGGCGGAGGACAACGGCGAGGAGGACCCCAUGAUCCUGGAGGAGAUCGAGCUGGAGAAGGACGCCGGCGGCGACAAGGCGCCGGAGAAGCCGUGCCGCAAGCACGACGGGCGCCGGCGCAUCAAGCGCGACGGGCUCAUGAAGGUGUACGUCUUCCAGCUGAUGGCGCGCGCCACCUUCGAGGCGGCCUUCCUGUUCGGCCAGUACGUCCUGUACGGCCUGGAGGUGGCGCCGUCGUAUGUGUGCACGCGCUCGCCCUGCCCGCACACGGUGGACUGCUUCGUGUCGCGGCCCACCGAGAAGACCAUCUUCCUGCUGAUCAUGUACGGCGUCAGCGCCCUGUGCCUGCUCUUCACGGCGCUGGAGAUCCUGCACCUGGGCGUCAGCGGCAUGCGCGACUGCCUGUGCGGCGCCCGCUCGCCGCCGGCCACCCCGCGCCACGCGGCCCUCGCCGCCGAGAGGGCCGCGGCCAUGUGUCGCCAGCCCUCGGCCCCGCCCCCCGGCUACCACUCGAUGCUGAAGAAGGUCCCCGUGGGGAAGAUCGUGUUCCGGGACAACCUGGCGGACUCGGGCCGCGAGUCGUUCGGCGACGAGGCGUCGUCCCGGGAGCUGGAGCGGCUGCGGCGGCACCUGAAGCUGGCCCAGCAGCACCUGGACCUGGCCUACCAGCACGAGGAGUGCAGCCCGCCGCGGAGCAGCAGCCCCGAGUCAAACGGCACGGCGGUGGAGCAGAACCGCCUCAACUUCGCCCAGGAGAAGGAGGGCGGCGCCUGCGAGAAAGGUUUGCGGGCUUAGAUCUCCCAUCUCCUCCUGGGCCUGUUGGUCCUGGAUACGCACCAGGGAAUACGAUGGAAACACAAGGGAAAACUGUCUGGAGAAGUUGGGCUUAGGAAUCCGGACGCACUAGCAAGGCGACAUGGAAAGUCUUUUGCUGUCCCACGACCCCCCCAUAUACCCCCCCCUCCCCGUAUCCACGGGCGUCCCCGGGUAGUCGGUGGAGACCCCCAGCCCAACCAGCGAUGCUCCCCAACGCACAGACACGGCACCUGGACCCUCCUACGCCCAAGGGAGGACUCUGGGCGCACCAUCAACAUCUCAGGCUUGCCUUAUGCCCACACUGAUGUUUACACCUCACCUCUUUCCUUUUUUUCCUUCUCAAAAUGAAACCAGUUUGACUGAAGGGCGUCGAUAAUGGGUCCGCCAGGUGAGGUGCAGCUUGUGAAACAAUAAAACUGGAAGUCUUGUUGACGAGAUACCAGCUUGAACCGGUACUGGAAGUUCUUAGUUUUUCUUUUUCUUUUUUAGACCUAAACGAAAGAGAAAUCCAUGCAAAGCUUUCCUUUUUUGUUGUUGUUUCUCUAGUGCUUUGUAGUUUGGCCUAUAUAUAUUUACUAGUAGUGACUGAGGAAAGACGUGCUUUUAUUUUAUACCAUCUUUUUAAUGUUUUUGUACGGUACUUUAAUUUUGGCACUACACCAGUGUUUUGAAGUUUAUCUUGUAAACUGGAAGGUGAUUGUGGUGCCUUUGUCCAAAGUAACAAAAAAAACCUGGGUAAUGCUUGAAAUGUGUGUAAAAAAAGUGUCUGUUUUGUACUGUUUAAAAAAAAACGAGCCUUCUUUGAUACUUUUUGAAGCUAUUUUUCUAUGUUUUUGUAUUCUGACAUCUUUCCUGAAGCAACUGUUGCGGAUUGUGCUAUUGCUUUGAGAACGCUGCUCUUCUUCGAUUCGACGUCUUAAAUCUUUCCAAGAAGCGAUCAAAGCUGUUUCCGAAAAAUGUAACAUAACGGUUCAGUGCAAAUAUCUCGCCUUGAGGUGACUAAAUUGUCUUUUCUUGAGUUCUUUCUACUCUACGUUAGGCCAGUGUUGAUGAACUAAAGUUUGUAGUUCAUGAUAGCAUUACAUUUCAACAGAAGUCUUUGCCGGUUGGCCGCAUUAAAGACCUGCACACCGCAAGACAUCCAUGUUCUUUUAAGUUAUUUAGAUUUGGGUGAUGGGGCAGAGCAAGGCCCCUUGUCAGACGGUUGAGUGACGUGUCCGUUGAGUGUAUUCUCCGAACACGGAAGCUGUGGGUUUUGGUUAGAAAGAUAAAACUUCCGUUCAGUUCCAUGAGAGGCCAAAUGCCGCCAAAUGCCUUUGUUGGCGACCAAAGCUGCCACCGUUUUUUGUAUUCUGAAUCAUCUCGUUAUUUUUUCAAACUUGCUUUUUUGGUACCCUUUUUUAUACCCGUUUGUAUUGCUAGUAUUUUACUGGUUAGUUUUUAAAAUAAACUUUUUACACCAAAA